AUGCCACUAACAGUAAUAUUAAUACUGCUUUUUUUAAAUUAUAAAAUCAUAUCAGGACCAAAUAAGAAGUUUUUGGGAAGUCUGAAACAAUACCUGGAACAAAAAUUAGUCCCUAGAGGUUUGCGUCCAGAUAUUUUAUUGCCAGAUAAAAUCCAGACUGAGGAGCAGCUCAGUGAAUGGAAUACCAUCUUACUGGACUGCUCCUUUAAGUUAAUGGAUUUUCUGGUCAAAUUGGAGUCAACCAACUUUGAUGUGGUCAAUACAAAGUUGAACGAUGACAUCACCUCAAUUAAAAAAUAUAAAACUGAUGACCUGUAUUCUCGGAUGGAGACUAAGUUACAGCAAAAUAUCAAUAACUUUAGACACCAUCUGAAGGUUAAAAAACAUACCAAAUUUCAGAGGGACUUCAAAGAUUUUAAACAUGGAAAGAUUUUCAGACAAAGUGGUAAAUACUCAAGACGAAAAAAUAAUACAAGAGGUUCCUCCUCUGGUGAAACUGACUGGUCGGACCAAGACCAGCCAUCCCAGUUCAGACGAAGAGCCUCAGUUAAAUCUAACACUGAUCAUACAAGAGAUCUGAGCUCCCAACCUAGUUACAACAAAAGCAUUCUGAAACAGUCCGACAAGGUAGUCUCCUUUUUAGACAUACCGAUUUCCACAGAUGUCAAUAAUUCCCAGAUCACCACUACCACAUUGUCAAAUCCUUUUUUAGAACAGGACCAACCUCACCAACAAAGGGGUCGAUUGAGAGACAGGGAUCGGUGGGCCUACAAGAAUCAGAAUCGCCCUCAGAGGUUCUAA